AUGCCCGAUCCAAUAUGGAUUCAUUUUAUUCAAUUAGGACAUGCAACUAGGUUUAGACAAAAACAAAGAGAAUUGGUAUCAACGUCUACAUCUGCUUUAGUUACAUCAACAUCAUCAUCGUCUGCUUCUUUAAUUAUACCAACUUCAUCUAUGCCUAGUGAAAGAGUAUAUUGUAAAAAUACAAGUAGAGCUCACAUUACAAGUUAUAUCACAGCUGAUCGGGAACAAAGGCAAAAUCGAAGUUGA